UAACACUCUUGCCAAAGCAAAUUUAUACUUUGAAUUGAGAGCUCUGGCCGACCAUAUAAAACUGCUCACUUCGACGUCAUUAUGACAGUCCUGUUUGGGGAAACAAAGCUGCCCACCCUCAAAUCAUGACGUAGCUUUGCACCAUGUAAAUGCAAUUGAACAUCACACGUUGAGAAUACUCUUUCUGAGACUCAUCAUCACAAAAUCACAACAAUAAUUUCUCCUGUAAAUCUCCUGGAGACCAUAACUAAAAGACCUACUCAAAUCGAAACUACCGAUUCCACCAAUUCAAUAUGUCUCCAUUCUCGAACACCAACACCGGCGACAAGAUUGCCGAUCCAUCAACCGCGAAGAACAAGGACAACGAUGUACCGCUGAAGCAGAAGAUCGAGGACCUGAGCGAAUUUAUCUCGGCCUGCAAGUAUGGCAUGAUGACCACUCGCGAUGCAAAGAGCGGAAAGCUAGUCUCCCGUUGCAUGGGAUUAUCCGGCAAAGAAUCCGGCGAUAUUGAUCUAGUUUUUGUCACAAACACCGAAUCUCACAAGACGGACGAGCUGGCCUCCGACCCACAUGUAAACAUUUCGUUCAUCGACUCAUCGGGCCAGUGGGCGUCAUUUGCCGGCGACGCGCACGUAGAGACGGAUCGUGAGGUCGUCAAAAAGUACUACAGCUCUUUUCUCAAGGCAUGGCUGGGCGACUUGGGAGAUGGCAAGCACGAUGGAUCGAAGAACGACCCAAGAAUCGGCGUCAUCAGGGUCAGGACCACAUCUGCAACGUAUUUGUUGACGAAUAAGAGCGCCGUGACGCGCGCAACCGAGAUAGCCACAAGUGCGCUUACUGGAAACGCUCCAGAGGUGGGCAAGUUGAGGGAGAUCUCAGAACUCGAGGUCCAGCAGUGGAGAUCGAUUGCUACGUAGAGAGGGUUGCUACUGGAAUAUACGUAGGGAUGCGGCUUGCACAGACCCAGUUCAUAGUUAUUAAGUUUCCCUGUUGGCAAGUUACAGGUGGUACAAAUAUAAUACAGUAAUAAAAAAUAAGUGCAAGGACCAUCAUGAGAAAUGACACUUUGGCUCCAGUAGUUAAGCUUGUCAUACAACGGCAAGGUUUGCGCACCAUAUUAAGUACUCCAAGCGGUUAGAAAUCCCCAAUUCAUCUCUACGCAAUCUGUACAGAGCACAAAUAUAUGAAGUUAAACAAUUCAAGUAGUAUUCAGAACUCGUGCAAGGAAUAUUUUACACCAAAUUCCCCAAUCAGAUCCAU